AUGUAUACUGCGGCUAUCUUCCUGUUGUUAGCGCGCUUUGGAUUAGGCUCACUAACAUCGGAUGAUCUGUUGCGGAACAUAAAGAAACAGUAUCCGAAAAGGAACUUUGAGAGGCUCGAGGCUGACAAUUUUGAACGUUAUAUUGCUGUAGCUCGGGUCAAGGGCGAAGACUGGUCACGAAUCGGAAUUUGUAUGCUUUUUUAUGAGGAGCUACUGAAUUAUAAUACUGUAAUAUAUAAAUGUUCGGUACGUAACGUAUCUUAAAAUUGCUCUUCAGUCAAUCGCCGCGACAGCUUGGCCGCAGUUUCGUAUACCAUCGAUUGCCUAGCAAAUGUAGGUGCAAUUUGGUUUAGAAAGCUUUUUAGUAUACAUGGCCAUUGAUGUUUUUCCCGCAAAAAGCGGCAAACGAGAGAUACGGCGAUGUCCUCUAUGAAGUCGCGCAAUAUGGAGCAGUAAAAAUUUGGCCAUUAAAGGGGUAA